AUGUCAGUUCGCAACAAACCAUGGAGGGACAUAAACUGGGGAGACAAACAGAGUGCCCUGCAGUAUGUGGAGGACUACAGACCUCAGACUGACGGCCAGCUGCUCAGGAUUCUCCUUUAUGGUCCGGUUGGAGCUGGAAAGUCCAGUUUCAUCAACUCUGUCCAAAGUGUCUUACGCGGCCGUAUGUACGCACAUGCUUUGGUGGACAACACCUCUCACGACUGUUUCACAAAAAGAUACACAACCUACAAGAUCAGAAAAGGAAGAGCAGAUACCUUUUACCCUUUUGUCUUCAAUGACAUCAUGGGUCUGGAUCCAAUCAAAGGUGUCCCUGUGAAUGAUGUCAAACUGGCUCUGAUGGGACACGUGAAGGAAGAUUACAGGUUCAAUCCUGAUUCAACGUUGUCAGACGAUGAUCAAUUCUACAACGAACAGCCAACUAACAACGAUAAAGUGCACGUUCUGGUUUGUGUCAUUGAUGCCAACACAGUACCUCAAAUGAGUGAAAAAACUGUGGAGAAGAUUCGUGACAUCAGGAUUGAAGCCAGAAAACUGAGGAUUCCUCAAGUGGCCAUUCUCACCAAGAUUGAUAUGGUCUGUCCUGAAAUCAAAGAAGAUUUACAGAAUGUCUACAAGAUGAAGUACGUGAAGGAAAAGAUGGAGGAGUUCAGUGCCAAAGUGGGAAUUCCCAUGAACUGCAUCUUCCCUGUGAAGAACUACGAUGAAGAAAUCGACCUCAACAGUGACGUUGACUCACUGAUCCUGAGCUCAAUGAAUCACAUCAUCAACUUCGGAGACGACUGCAUCAACUUCAACAAGGAUCAGUCUGAAGGAUGAGACUGACUAGGUUUGAUCAGAGCAUAAAAAGGCUGUAUUCCAUGAUGUCAAAAAAACUACCUGAGACACUUUCCAGCAGGAUUUCCAACAAUCUUUUUGCUUACUGCACCAUUUGUGUUUUACUUUAAAGCACAUGUGUCAAACUCAACUUCUCUGAAAACCAC